CGCACGUCCGAACGGUUGCGAGAAACGCGAUGCGCCGCGCUUCGACGGUGAAAUAGCCGAGCAGAAAACGGAAGGCGGUAGUGCGUGGGUGGGUGUUCUGGCAGCAGCAAACUGUGUUCGCACACAUACCGGACAUCUCCCCGGGCCGCGCGGAAUCGUCGUUUUCUCGGCGCCGCUUGCCAUUCCGCCCGACACGGUUAUCAGCACGUUCGAGAGUGAGAGAGAAAGAUAGAUAGAUAGAUAGAGAGAGAGAGAGAGAGCGAGACAGAAAAUCCCGGUGUCCCCCGGAUCACCGUUCCCGCACGCACGUUGAACUUCUCUCGCGAGUACAAAAAAAAAUGUCGCCCCUCUGUAAGGAGUCCGUGCCACUGGCUUCGCGGUGACUCCACUGUCACUGGCGGUGACAUCGCGAUCAAAUCGGCGAGGGAUGAUCACGAAGAAUGGUCACGUUCCUGCCUUCUUUGAGCUACGAUGGCGAACGAAUGAGCACGGUUUUACGGCCGAGUCGAACUCGCGUGUGUCUGUCAGCCAUCAUGAUUCUUCGCGGAUCGUAACCGUAUUCCGCAAUUUCUAACGUAUCGUCUGGACGGCGUGAGUUUUGACCGCCUGUCAAUAUGACACACGUGCCUGGGACUUUGUAAAUUGUCGAACCUUGUUUCGCCGAGAGAGAGAGAGAGAGAGAGAGAGAGAAAGAACGUCAAGUAUGUAAUGUUAUUUCGCCGAGUCGCGCAGCACCGCAAACAAUUUUCAGCAACACGCAACAGUUUUGAUUUAUUAUUUUUUAAGGAAAAAGGGACUCUGUCGCUCUCUUUGGUGCGUUGGACACUGAAGGGUUUUUGAGAGUAUGAGAUUAGCGGUAGAGAAAAAUGGAUACCGGUAAAGUAUCAGCAUGCUCGAAAAGUCAGCAGAAUGUCAUGCUCACGCAGGUCACAUGAGGGGCACGACAGAAAUGUGCUCGCGUGAUCCACCUACAUUGCACCCGACCCUUGCCAAGGCAAACGGUAAAAAUUCAAGCCCCCAGCCAGCUCAUCACACAGAAGCGCGUAUUGACAACAAUCUGCUGCCAACUCCCGGAGGCCGACUCAAGUUCUUCAAAGAUGGAAAAUUCAUUUUGGAACUGUCUCAUCGCAGAGACGGGGAGAAAACCACGUGGUUUCCUGUGCCAAAGAAAACUUUUUGGCCGCCUACUAGCACAAUCCCUCCUACUAGCACUAUCCCCAAUCGUCAGGAGAGCUCUACUUCUCUCAGUGUUUCUGAUGACAAUUCAUCAGUUCAAUCCAGUCCCUGGCAAAGAGAUCACUACUGGAAGCAGACUCAUCCACGACGCAGGAUAACCACCGAAUUCAAUUUUUACUACCAUCGAAAUCCGAAGAACCGCCUGUGCGCACAUCCGCGUUUGAUAAUGAGAAAACGCAGGCGUCCAUUGGACUCGACGACCGCGGUUCUCGUUACCGAAUCGACCGUCUCUUAUCCGACGAGAUCGUCGCGUAAAUUGAACGGUACAUCGUCAUCGGGCACGGUUCUCAGUCUGAUUAUUGAUAAACUGGCGCGUCUGCUGGACCCCAACGUUGUGUCGCCUCGCAAACGCAUACUCCGAGAGUUGGAGAGAGUCUCGCUUGAGGACCAAGCGUCCAAGAGACGUGCCACUCCGCAACCGACGACGGUUUGCACGAUGAGUAGCGCGCCGCCGACUCCUUCCUCGAAGCAAUUGUCAUCGUACAGUAUAACGAGUAUUCUGGGAGAGGACAAGCCGAAUCCCGAGCCGGGCUUCUUAAGAACGUUGCUGAAACCGGACGACCGGCAACCUGUAAAAUACUCACAGAGUAACGCCUAUCCAAGGGUACGAAUGGAUCCUUAUACCGGAUCUAGCAAUGCAUCCUUUCAUCAUCCGCUCUAUCGAGUGCCGGUGUUACCACCUGCGCCUUACAGGGCGACGCCUUUUUGGAUUGCACCCCAUUAUCCGUGUCCCGUCCACUAUCCGCCUCCUAUGCAAUUAUACGCACCGCCGCAUCCUCAUCCAUCGCCUCCGCAUUACAAAGACUACAGGGAACAAACUCUCACACCUCCUUCACCUCCUUCAGAUAUGCCUCUCAAUCUGUCGAAGCAUGCGGGUUGAAUCUCAGGAUCCCAAUAGCGUUGGUGCCUUAUCAGUGGACAAAACACUAUGCAAAACACUGCCCGUGCAACGACAAUGCGAUAUAUAUAUAUAUAUAUAUUAUAUAUAUAUACAUAUUAGUAUUUUUUUAUUCAUAAAAACUAAAUAGUAUCAUAGUAAGUAGAGAGAGAAAAAAGCCAGACAGGUUGGAGGAACUAUAUAACUUGUAUAUACAAAUGCAUAAAUUUGUCGACGGCGGCAUAGGUAUUUUAUACUAAUAUUACGAGAUUUUGCGAACAAAAGAGAUUGUAAGAGAGCGAAAAAUAGUUUAUAAAAACGCCAGACAGACAAGAAAAACACCAUCGCGAGCGUGUACAGGUAUGUGUGUGUGUGUGUGUUACUCAUUCUUUUGACUCAACGUCGCGUUAAAAACAAAACUGAAAGAAAAAAACCGCGAAAUAGGCGCGCAAUCUUUAUUAUUUAAGACGCAAACGUUGUAUAUCGUUAUUUAUAUAAGAACGCAUCAACAAUAUUGAACACACAAUACAAUAGUGACAACGCAUUCAAUUUACUUUUUAUAUUACUAUUGUUUUAUACACAUACACACACACACACACACACGAUACAAAAUUGUGACAAAGACAGGUGAGAGUCCACAUCGAUUUUGUACAUCUCUCAUUCUACGCAUCUCAUUUAUGCAUUUUUCUCGUUAUUCUUAUAAUGAUAUCAUCAUUACACUAUUCAUUAAUAGAAGUGGUAUGUACAUGUACAGGAUGUACUCGCUAUUGCCCAAUGUUUUCAGGGUAGAUUCUUAGAGGCUGUGAUUUUUAAGUUUAUAAACGAUUAAAAAAUUACUUCAGCGUUCGAUAUAUCAGGCGUUUAGAUAUGGCAAAAAAGCAGGAAAAGGUAUGGGAUUAUCUUUUUCAUUUUUUUGUAACCCGAUAUAUCGACACUGUGAUCGGUAAUUGUUUUUUUGUUUUAAUAACUGUUACAGACCUCUCGUUAUUAGACUUUUUGUUCCAAAACAAUUUACCUGGAAAAUAUUGGGUGCCAAUUGUGGAACAUCUUGUAUGUUAUGUAUCUCUUAAAAAAAUUGAUAAACACAUAGGGAUAUGUACAGAACAGAUUAUUACCUAUAGUUAUAUACAUAUAUAUAUAUAUAUACAUAUAUAAAUAUAUAUAUAUAUAUAUUUAUAUAUUAGUGUAUUAAUUAUUCUUAAAAAUAGAAAUGCAUAAUAUAAAUUUAGGCUCUAAUGGGAUAAUCCACACAACACAGUAUACAGUUAUUUAUAUCGUAUUAUAAUGGUGGAAAAAGAAAAACACACACAUGAAAUUUAUACUUUUAGCGCAAAGACCGUGGGGUGUGCCUUACAAAUAUUUAUCAAAAUUUCAUAAAAAAUAUAAAACGUAUUAUUAUUUAAACAAAAAGGCACUAUAUAAUGUGUAUAUAUACAUACAUACAUACAUACCAUAUAUAUAUAUAUAUAUAUAAUAAAUUAUCUUUGUGUUAUUUGUAUUCGUGUCAAAAAGUCGAAAAUUCGUUGCUCUUAUUUAUUAUUAUUAGUCGGAAAUUCGAGAAUAAGUUGAACGGAAAGAUAAAAAAAAAAAAAAGGCAAGCUUACACAGGUUCUAUAAAUUUAGUGAGUAACCUUAAUUAUUCAACGUACGUGCUCUGUUUUUUUUUUUUUUUUAGUGAUUCAAAGUGAAAAAUGUGACUGCGCAUUAACAAUUGUAUAGAAAGAUUUUAAUUUCGUAUAAAUAUAAAUAUUUCAUAUACUA